CUCCGCUUAUGAACCUCAAUCCCCAUUUACACUACCGCUCCCCUUCUCCUCCAUUCCACUACCUACACCCAUGUAGUGUCAAGCAUCCAUCCCCAUCUGCGACCAUGGUUGGUGGCUCUAGAGCACCGCCGCCACCAUCCCUUCUUCUUUGCCUUGCCUACCUCUUAUCUGUCGGGUUCAUGAACCUCGCCGCAAGUUUCAUACAUCAUGUGUGUGCCCCUUCUUCAUCGAUUGUUUAUCUCAUCUCUCAUCCUCACCUUGUUACGGAUACACUACCGAGAUAUUAUCAACAAAUCGGCAACCUCCCCCAACCCAAUCUGGCGGGGGCAUCUUCUGGCCGACAACAUACAUCGCCGCUCAUCGCUGCAUCACAGGAGCGGUGCUUCCAGUGUGGUGCGACAAUGGCGACAAGGAGCGCGGGCGCCGCCACAGAGAUGCUCAUCAAGAAGAUCGAUGCCGGCGGAGCCAAGAGGUAUAGCAGGCAUGACGAGAUGGGGAGCGAGGUUGUGGAAGAUGUGAAAAGACAAAGAAGGGUGGUGGCGGAUGCGCUGCCGUCGGGCAGGAAGAGGAAGCGAGACGCCGAUCCAGAGCACGAUGACAGGAGCGUGAGCGAGAGCGGCGGCGGUGAAGGGCCGCCGCAGCUGGUGAAGCCGUGGCUUUGCCCUAUGCCGCCUCUCCAGCGGCUCCUGAACGCGUGCCGUGCCUUGUUCACGGGCUCCUCCUCCUGCACACCACCGACGUCGUCCGCUGUCGCCUUCGUCCGUGGCAUUAUGGACAAGAUUGGUCCAAAUGAGGUCGGGCUUAAGGACGAGGUCCGUUUUUUCAACAGGAUGAACACUGCUGGUCGUCAGAACCCUCCUAUCAUCACGUGCAAACCUAUUUACGAGGACACCAACUUUACGAUCGCGGUGUUCUUUCUGCCACUCGGAGCGGUCAUGCCGCUGCACGACCACCCGGGCAUGACGGUCUUCACCAAGCUGCUCAUCGGCUCAGCGCGUCUCGAGGCCUACGACUGGGUCUGUCCCCAUGCCUUCCCUGGCUUGGGCUCCCGUUCACAUCGUCGUCGUCAGAUGCUCGCGCAGAAGGUGCGGGACCAUGACGUCGCCGCGGCGGCAUCCGGCACCUGGGUGCUCUUCCCCAACCACGGCGGGAACAUGCACCGCUUCACCGCCGCGGACGAUGCCCACUGCGCCUUCCUCGACGUCCUCACGCCGCCCUACGCGCCCAUGGACCAAAUAAGGCGUUGUGCCUAUUACCAGGACGUCGAAAUCUGCCCCUACAAGCACAAUAAUCCCUGCAAGUCCUCGACAGGGGCUGUCAGCUGCGAUGGGCUUAUGGAGGAGCACACACACCGGCUGGCAUGGUUGGAGGAGGUCCCCAAGCCUAGGAACCUUAGGAUUGUCUGCUUGCCAUACCGAGGCCCUACGAUCUUCUAGGCUCAAUGGCCUGGUCCGUUUGGCAGAUUACUUCGUGUAACUCUCUAGCUAGCUAGGAAGAUUUUGAUAGAUCAAAAUCAUGUCAGCUGAUGAUCUUCUAGGCUCAACUCUCUAGGAGGAUUUGAUAGACCAAAUCAUGUCUGCCCGGUUGCAUACAAUUCUUUAGCAGUAGCAAAUGAUAACAGCAACACACUCUUAGGUCUUGUUUAGUUCACCAGGAAAACCAAAAAAAAUUUCAAGAUUUCCCGUCACAUUGAA